GAAUUACGCAACAGAAGGCAAUGGGUAUAGACACUAUGGUUCAGCUGUGUUUAAACUAGUCGUGGCGUGUGUGGUCUGCUGUGUGGAGUUUUGGUGUAUAGAUGUGACGUAUGGUCCUUAACGUGUGCGUGUUUUGGCACUAAGAUUGAAGAUGAAAGCCGCACUCGCAAUUUUGUUUGUAUUUAUUGGUUGCUGUAGCAACGUCGUGUUUUUGGAGCUUCUUAUUAAGGAGGAUCCAAGUUCUGGGAAUAUAAUUACAUUUUCUCAGUUCUUAUUUAUUGCUCUAGAAGGUUUUAUAUUUACAUCAAGAUGUGGUACAAAGAAGCCAAGUAUUGGUUUAAAAGAUUACAGUAUUCUAGUUGCAAUGUUUUUCAUUGCCAACCUAUGCAACAACUAUGCGUUUAAUUUCAACAUUCCCAUGCCUUUGCACAUGAUAUUUAGAGCUGGCUCUCUGAUAGCAAACAUGAUUAUGGGAAUUAUAAUUUUGAAGAAAAAAUACACAUUUUCAAAAUAUCUGUCCGUCUUCAUGAUUACGUUUGGAAUAGUUAUGUGCACAGUGGUUUCUGGUAAGGAAGUGAAAGCAACAUAUGCUGUAGGUAAAGAGCCAGAAGUACCAGCAUCACAUUUAGAGGUGUUCUUCUGGUGGACAGUAGGUAUUACUCUCCUGACAGUAGCCCUUUUUGUGUCUGCAAGGAUGGGAAUAUACCAAGAAACUCUAUAUGCUAGAUAUGGGAAGCACCCAAAGGAAGCUUUGUUCUAUACUCAUUUGUUACCUUUGCCAGGAUUCCUAAUAGUUGGCUACGAUAUUUAUCAGCAUAUAAUAUCUGUUUUUGAAAGUGCUCCUAUGGUUCUUCCAAUAGUGGGUGCUAUACCAAAGAUGGUUGUUUAUCUUGCUGGAAAUGUUCUGACACAAUACAUGUGCAUCAGCUCAGUCUAUGUCCUGACUACAGAAUGCUCAUCUCUUACUGUCACCCUUGUUGUAACUUUACGAAAGUUUAUAAGUCUGUUAUUUUCAAUUAUCUAUUUCAAAAAUGACUUCACCCUCAUUCACUGGAUUGGAACUAUACUAGUCUUUUCAGGUACAAUCAUAUUCACUGAAGUGGUACCAAGAAUCAGAGGUGCCUUGACACCAGUUUCGAAGAAGAAAGAUUAAUAAUAAUAAUAAAAAGUGGUAAAGCUGCGUAGAUAAAGGUUCCAGAUGAGAGAAAAUGAUAAUUUUAAAUUUUGGCAUUUGUUGUGAAUGACUUUAGUAGUGAUGAUGAAAUGCUUUAACAGCUGACAGUAACUGACAAACUGUAUACUAUUGGAUGAAAAGAAAAGGAGAACUAUAAAAUUGUGGAACAGAGUUGCUGGUCAGUAUGUCAGUUUCUCAUCCCGUGGUCGGAGUAACUAACCUGCCCUUCUUCUUCAACGUUCCACAGUCUACAUCACCUCUUCAAGGGAGGAACUAUUAAUUCUCAAAGCUAGGUUAGUAUUACGGACAUGCCUCCUGACCAGCAAUUUUGCUCAUAAUUUUAAAGUAGUCGUUUGGACAAUUCGGCUUGUACUGGAUUUCUUAGAAGGGUAUCAACUGUUAAGAAAACUAUGUAUUAAAUUUUUGACAAAUUUCAGGGACCACAGUCAUAAUUUCGUACCUUUAACAUUUGUAAAUAUUAAGUUUUACAUGCAGAAUUUACUAAAUGUGAGAUGUUUUUAGAGAUCUGCUCUCUGCAGCCAGACAUCAGCAGCUGGGAGCACCGUACUGUUAAUAUGUGGGAGGGUAUUUCCAGUUCUGGUGUUUGACUUAGAAUGAAGCAAAACUGCUUUAAAACUUUGGUUGUAAUUGUGGAAAAGAAUUCAUUUUUAUUUGUAACUGGGUUAUUGCUGUACCAGUUUAAAUUAUGGAAAUGCUUAAAUCUCUGUAUGGCAGAGUUGUCAGUUUUAUUGGCAUGUACUGAAGUGUACCUGCAAAUGUUUCAUGUAAGUUGAGAUUUGAAAGAUAAUGUCUUAGAUGCCUAAUUUUAUACAGAUUAUUUAAGUUAAGAACUCUGUGCAGUAUUAUGUACAUGGUGUUUCUUUCCAAAGAAAAUAUUUUUAGGAAAGUGAGGCACGGCUUCAGGAACACUUAUCAUUUUGUCUUUUUUUAAAUUUAUUCCAGAGUUCAUAGUUUGCUGAUUUAUAUUACCUAGUAGAGUGUGCAACUAACUAGUGGUCAUUGUGAAUUACAUGAUCUCGAAGUUUUGAAAAGCAUUUAUGUGGUACUCUGGUUUCUAAAGUGUGUGGCCUCCCAUUUCAGAUGCUGGCUGUGUGUGUGUGUGUGUGUGUGUGUGUGUGUGUGUGUGUGUGUGUGUGUGUGUGUGUUAGGGUUCUUUUGUUACACUGAUGUUAAUGGUCAGUUUUGUAGAGCACUUUAAAAUGCAUAAGUACUCGCAGAACUGUUGUAUAUGCUUUAAUAUAAAGAACUUAUGUUAAUAUGUCUGUGAUGAAAGUAGAAUGCAACUGAGUCUUGAGAAUUUUAUUUUAUUUUCUGCUGUGUGUGACAAAGUGAGUUUGUUCAAGUUAUUUCCUUACAGGAGGCCAGAAGAAUCAGAAAAAUAAAGCAAUAUAAUAUUUUCAAACUUGUAAUAUUUGACGUUAAGCAAAAAAUAUAUUUAUAUAUAAUCAUUAAAAUAAAAUUUUCAUAUCACUACAA